AUGGGGCAUUUUAACCUUAAACAGUACAUGGUACAUCUGAUUCAGUCCACAGGGCAAUAUGUGGGUCUAUCUCAUGAAGACCUACAGAGGCAUAUUCAGAACUUCUCGGAAAUUACGGACACUUACAAUUAUCCGAACGUUUUCAAGGACUAUGUCAGGCUGACACUAUUUCCCUUUUCACUGUUGAGGAAGCUAGGGAAUGGUUGCAAAAGGCUUGCAGGCACUCUUCUCAGUGAUAUAGAGAAGAACCCUCAAGUUAAUGCAGUUACCCUCAGAUUUGGGAGGGAAGUAGAGGAAGUGCCAAAGAAGAGAAAGGACAAGCCUAUACUUGAGGGGGAGUUGAUUCCUAAAGCAACGCAUGAGCCAAAAAAAGUUGAAGCAAGUUCAGAACCAGUAGAGGCUGCAAGGCCGCCACCACCUUUCCCCCCACAGAGAUUGCUGAAAAAGAAUGAUGAUCGCAUGUUCAACAAAUUUCUCUCUAUGUUGAGCCAAGUUCAAUUGAAUAUUCCAUUGGUGGAUGUACUUCGUGAAAUUCCAAAGUAUGCUAAGUACAUAAAGGAUAUAGUGGCUCAUAAGAGGACAGUGACUGAAUUCGAGACAGUUGCAGUUACUGAGGAGUGCACUUCAAGGGUCCAAAGCACGAUUCCUCAAAAACUUAAGGAUCCUAACAGCUUCACCAUCCCUGUGCAAAUUGGUAAUAUUGAUGUGGGUCAUGCUCUUUGUGAUUUGGGAGCGAGGAUAUAUUUGAUGCCCUUGUCCAUGUUCAAGAAAUUGGGUUUGGGAGCUCCAAGACCAACCACUGUGAUCUUGCACCGAGCUGAUAGGUCCAUAGCACCCUGA